CUCUCUCUCUCUCUCUCUCUCUCUCUCUCUCUUCUCUCUCUCUCUCUCUCUCUCUCUCUCUCUCUCUCUCUUCGCCGACUUCGAUUUCUUCAGCUUCUCUUGCACAACCCUUCUCUCAGGAUCAAUAUUCUCUGUCUACAAACCGCUAUACCAUGCCUCUGUUUGAGCUUUUUAGGCUCGCAAAUGCUAAGCUUGAGUCUGCUCAAGACAACAACCCUUCUCCACCUGUGGAUGAAGUUGUGGAGCUGGUGUGGGAAAAUGGUCAGAUUUCAACUCAAAGCCAGUCAAGCAGAUCGAGGAACAUUCCUCCACCACAAGCUGUUCAUCAACCAAACUCUUCGAGAGCUAGAGAUACUGGAAAUGGCUCAAAGACAACGAUGGUGGACGAGAUCCCUAUGUCAGUACCAUCACUAAUGACGGGGAUGAGUCAAGAAGAUGACUUUGUUCCAUGGUUGAAUCAUAACCAAUCCCUUGAUGGCUAUUGCUCUGAUUUCUUGCGUGAUGUGUCUCCUGUUACUGUCAACGAGCAAGAAAGCGAUAUGGCUGUAAAUCAAACUGUUUUCCCUUUGUUUCAGAGAAGAAACAAUGGCAACGAAUCAGCUCCCGCUGCUUCUUCCUCGCAGUAUAAUGGUUUCCAAUCACAUUCUCUGUAUGGAAGUGAUAGAGCUAGAGAUCCUCCUAGCCAACAAACCAAUCCGGAUCGGGUGACUCAGACACAAGAGACACUGAUCCCUAGUAACAAGCCUAGUUUGGUCAACUUUUCUCAUUUCUUACGCCCUGCAACUUUAGUUAAGAUUGAUAACCCUCAUGGCACUAAAGAGAAGAGUCCUCCGAGCCCCCCAAAUGUGUUUCAGACCAGAGUUCUUGGAGCUAAAGACUCUGAAGAUAAGGUUCUUAAUGAGUCUAUUGCUUCUGCGACGCCUAUGAAUAACCAAAAGGCUUGCCUAAUGUCAGAGGACUCAUGUAGAAAAGACCAAGAGAGUGAAAAGGCGGUUGUAUGUUCUUCUGUUGGUUCGGGUAAUAGUCUCGAUGGCCCAUACGAAAGUCCUUCACUUUCUUUAAAGAGAAAGCAUUCAGAUAUUCAAGACAUUGACUGUCAUAGUGAAGAUGCUGAAGAAGAAUCAGGGGAUGGAAGAAAAGAAGCAGCGCCAUCUCGAACAGGUUUGGGUUCAAAAAGGAGCCGCUCGGCUGAAGUGCAUAAUCUGUCUGAAAGGAGACGGCGUGAUAGGAUUAACGAGAAGAUGCGUGCCCUUCAAGAACUCAUUCCAAACUGCAACAAGGUGGACAAAGCAUCGAUGCUAGAUGAAGCAAUAGAGUAUCUCAAGUCGCUCCAACUUCAAGUACAGAUCAUGUCAAUGGCGUCUGGUUAUUACAUGCCACCGGUUAUGUUCCCCCCGGGUAUGGGGCAUUACCCAGCAGCAGCAGCAGCAAUGGCAAUGGGUAUGGGAAUGCCCUAUGCAAUGGGAUUGCCUGAUUUGAGCCGUGAUACUGGUGGCUCCUCAGUCAACCACGGACCACAGUUCCAAGCCUCGGGGGUGCAACAACCAGUGGCAAUGGCAAACCCACGUGUCUCUGGUGGUGGUUUCCUUGCUGGUUCUUCAGCGAUGGAGAUGAAAAAGAGCAGCGAAAAUGGUUCGACCAGAGAGUUACCGGGUUCCAAAGAUCAAACAAGGACGAAUAACAACAAUAGUAACUUGAAACCGAUUAAGAGAAAACAGGCGUCUUCUGAGCAGUUUUGUGGAUCGUCGUGACAUAAAGACAAACUUACCGACUGAUGUAUUAUUGUUUUAUCUGUAUUCUGUAGCAUUCAAACAAUUCAAUUCUAAAAAGGCCAAAACUAAAUAAAAUUAAUUUGUCUUCUUUACAAUA